CCACAACAGCAUGAGUUAAACCAAAGUCUGGAUCAGCAGACUGCCAGAUUUUUUUUUAACAAAUUUAUUAAUCAAUACCUUUUGUCCAUGUCUACAGUUGUUUAUGGUGGAAGGACUAACCUACAGCUGGAAGGAUUAAUUUUCAGCUGCUUUAUAGUAUUUUAUUAUAUGAAUUAUACCAGUUUCCCCAUCCUUGUGUUGAUAGACAUUACCCAUGAAGUGUGUUCAAAUUGUCUGUGAUACAAAUAAUGCUUCAGUGACUAUCUACCCAGAAUGGGAUUGCGGGUUUAUAGGAUACAUACUUCUUCACCCUUAUUUUUUACUAGAUAUUGCCAAAUUGCUUUCCAAAUUGUACUGUUUCAUAUAUCCAUAACGGCGUGAGUUCUAUUUGUUUCACAUCCAUACCAAGACUUGAUCUUGUUAAAUUAAUUUUUCUAGUGUGUAAAUGAGUGCAAAAUAUUGUUAGUCUUUCCUAGAUUACUAGUGAGAUUAAAUGUAUAUGUGUAUGUACGUAUAUGCACAUAUGUAUAUAUUAUUAGGUAUUUGUGUUUCCCAUUCAAUAGCUUUUUUAUAUCAAUUGUCCUUUUUAAAAAUUGGGUCAUCUUUUUGUUAUUGAUUCUUUAGAGUUCUUUAUAAAUUCUACUUAUGAAUCCUCUUUUGGUUAUAUAUGUUACGUUGUUUUUCCCAGUCUUGGCUUGUCUUUUAGAUGCAUAUCUUGUCUUUUCCCAUACAGAAGUGUUAACUUUGUGUGUGUGUGUGAUGGAGUCUCACUCUGUUGCCCAGGCUGGAGUGCAGUGGUGCAAUCUCAGCUCACUGCAACCUCUGCCUUCUGGGUUCAAGCGAUUCUCCAGCCUCAGCCUCCUGAGUAGUUAGUACUACAGGCACGUGCCACCACACCAGGCAAAUUUUUGUGUUUUUUUUAAGUAGAAACUGGGUUUUACCAUGUUGCCUAGGCUGGUCUCGAACUCCUGAGCUCAAAGCAAUCCGCCAGCCUCGCCUCCAAAUGUGCUAGAUUAUGUGUAAACCAUCACGCCUGGCCCAGAACUACUAACUUUUAAUGUAGUCAUAUUUAUCUAUAUUUCCUAAAUGAUUUGUGCCCUUUAUGUAUUCAUCUCUUAACCUCUAAACACAGGAGUGCCCAGAGGGCUCAGGCUAUGGACCUCUCUAUUGACAUUAAUUCUCAAUCAUCUUGCUUGGUUUCAGGACAUCUGUACCCUGAUGGCUUUUAUGUGUAGCUCCUCCACUUAACUCCAGCCAUAUACAAUAAUUUAAAGAUCCCCUACUGACCUCGGUACUAUGUUUCUUCUUCCCCUAUUACCCAGGUUUCUUGAGUAGGGAGUCUGCAGUCACUGCCUCCAUUUCUUCACCUUCCAGUUUGUCCCACUAUUCUACUGAUGAGAUUUUUUUCUUAAGCAACACAGUCCCCCCUCCGCCCCCCCCCCUUUUUUUUUCAAAUUAAGUCUUAUGUGAAAUCACAGUAUAUUAAAUAGAAAAAUUACUUUGGCACUGGGUUGGGGAGGAUCUGGAACCCAAACUGCACCUUCUUCUCAUCCCUGAGUUGCCCCAGAGGCAUCUAUACCUUUCCAACUUUUCUAUCCCCCAAACACCCUAAUCUCCAGCAAUACUGAACAAUUCCAUCUCUGGACUUCUGCACAGUGCUCCUUCAUCUGCCUUGAACCUGCCAGCCCUCUCAGCUCCAGGAGCACUUCCCUGCCUUCCUUCCCCUUUAUCAGAACUUUUUUUUUUUUUUUUUUUUUUUGAGAUGGACUUGCUCUGUCGCCCAGGCUGGAGUGUGCAGUGGCAUGAUCUCGGCUCACUGCAACCUCCACCUCCCGGACUCAAGCAAUUCUUCUGUCUCAGCCUCCCGAGUAGCUGGGACUACAGGCACGCGCCACCAUGCCCAGCUAAUUUUUGUAUUUUUAGUAGAGACGGGGUUUCACCAUAUGGGUCAGGCCGGUCUUGAACUCCUGACUUCAGGUGAUCCGCCCACCUUGGCCUUCGAAGUGCUGGGAUUACAGGCAUGAGCCACUGCGUCUGGCCUCUUUCUUUGUUCCCGUUAUCACACUGAUAACAUUGAAUUGCAAUCUUUUACUUACACAUCUUCCUUACUAAACAGAGCUUAUAAAGAUCAGAGAUCCUCUAUUUUCCCCCUUAAUCUCUUUAAUGUACAUAAACAAUGGAAUGAAUAAAUCAGUGAAUGAAUGUCUGAGGAAACUUAACUACACCAAAUGUAUUGGCAGACUACGAGACUUUUUAAACAGCUUUAUUAAGAUAUAAUUCACAUACCAUACAGUUCAUAGGGUGGUGCAACCGCCAACACAAUCUAAUUUUAAACUGUGUUUAUGCUGCUACGAGAAAGCCUUAACCAUAAGCAGUCACUUCCUAUUCCCCACCCCCAAACCCACUCCUUAGCCCUAGGCAACCACUAAUCUACUUUCUCAGACCGAUAACUUUAGCAUAGAUAUAAAUCGAUCCCAGAGCCUCAAAAUCCACCCGAUAUCUGGGCCAUGAUGUGAAAUUUGGUUGGUAAUCGUCCCACGUUAUCAACUUGUAACGUAGAAAUGGAGGUUGGGUGCUGGAAACUCAGCCGCCAGUGGCGUUUGUGAAAAGCACCUGGUAACAGGCUGUGCUGGAGGGGAGUUCAGCCCCUAGAAAAGAUCACGGAUUAGGAAUUAGGUAAGCAUAGGUCUCGGGCCCUUUUAUUUUGGACGCGAUCCUUUCACGGGAUCGCCUCCGGAUGGGUGUCGCGCUGGGAGCCAUGCAGGAAACCGCAAGAGUCAAAAACAGGCGUUGAAGGCAGGCGGCCUUUUCUAAACCAGCUGGGUCUCAGGAGCUGCCGGGCUGUAGCGUCUCCCCGAGUCGCGCGCGCAUGACGUAGCGGGCGCGCGAUGACGCUACGCGUGGCGCGGUGCACGCUGGGAUAUUUAAGUCUCCUCCGCGGCGCGGAGCCGCGAUGUCUCCGGCGGCUGCGGCGGCUGGAGCAGGCGAGCGGCGGCGGCCGAUAGCGACUGUCAGGGACGGCCGAGGCCGGGGCUGCGGCGGGCCGGCCGGGGCGGCGCUUCUCGGCCUGUCGCUGGUCGGCCUCCUACUGUACCUCGUGCCUGCUGCGGCUGCGCUGGCCUGGCUGGCCGUGGGGACUACCGCGGCCUGGUGGGGACUGAGCCGCGAGCCCCGAGGUUCGCGCCCCUUGUCCUCCUUCGUUCGGAAGGCGCGACAUCGUAGAACACUGUUCGCUUCGCCUCCGGCCAAGUCUACAGCCAACGGAAACCUCCUAGAGCCGCGGACCCUACUCGAAGGACCUGACCCUGCCGAACUGCUACUCAUGGGCAGUUACCUGGGCAAGCCCGGGCCGCCGCAGCCCGCCCCCGCUCCGGAGGGCCAGGACCUGCGGGAUAGGCCUGGCCGCCGCCCACCCGCCCGCCUGGCGUCGCGCUCCCCACCGUCCUCCCCGCCGACCCAUUUUGUUCACCACGUUUACCCCUCUCUCUCCACUCCUCUUCUCCGACCCUCCGGGAGGCCUUCCCCACGGGAUUGUGGGACUUUACCAAAUCGGUUUGUAAUAACACCUCGAAGACGCUAUCCGAUCCAUCAGGCCCAAUAUUCCUGUCUGGGGGUACUUCCCACAGUGUGCUGGAAUGGUUAUCACAAGAAGGCUGUGCUAUCCCCUCGCAACUCCAGGAUGGUGUGUAGCCCAGUGACUGUGAGGAUCGCCCCUCCUGACAGAAGAUUUUCGCGUUCUGCGAUACCAGAGCAGAUAAUCAGCUCAACACUGUCCUCACCAUCAAGUAAUGCCCCAGACCCAUGUGCAAAGGAGACUGUACUGAGUGCCCUCGAAGAGAAGAAGAAGAAAAGAACAGUGGAGGAAGAAGACCAAAUAUUCGUUGAUGGCCAGGAAAAUAAAAGAAGGCGCCAUGAUAGCAGUGGCAGUGGACAUUCAGCAUUUGAGCCCCUGGUGGCCAAUGGAGUCCCCGCUUCUUUUGUGCCUAAGCCUGGGUCUCUGAAGAGAGGCCUCAAUUCUCAGAGCUCAGAUGACCACUUGAAUAAGAGAUCCCGAAGCUCUUCCAUGAGCUCCUUGACAGGCGCUUACACAAGUGGCAUCCCUAGCUCCAGCCGCAAUGCCAUUACCAGUUCCUACAGCUCCACCCGAGGCAUCUCACAGCUCUGGAAGAGAAGUGGCCCCAGUUCAUCACCCUUCUCUAGCCCAGCCUCGUCCCGCUCCCAGACACCAGAGAGGCCAGCAAAGAAAAUAAGAGAAGAGGAGCUGUGUCAUCAUUCCAGUUCUUCAACUCCAUUGGCGACAGACAAGGAGUCCCAGGGAGAAAAGGUUGCAGAUACAACCCCAAGGAAGAAACAAAACUCGAAUUCUCAGUCUACACCUGGCAGCUCUGGGCAGCGUAAGCGGAAAGUUCAGCUGCUGCCUUCUCGGCGAGGGGAACAGCUGACCUUGCCUCCACCUCCCCAGCUUGGCUAUUCGAUCACUGCCGAGGACCUAGACUUAGAGAAGAAGGCUUCGUUACAGUGGUUCAACCAGGCCUUGGAGGACAAGAGCGAUGCUGCCUCGAACUCUGUCACUGAGACCCCACCUACCACUCAGCCUCCGUUUACCUUUACCCUGCCUCCUGCUGCAACUGCCUCCCCACCCACCUCCCUCCUGGCCCUAAGCACCAACCCACUGUUAGAGAGCUUGAAGAAGAUGCAGAGUCCCCCGAGCCUGCCGCCCUGCCCAGAAUCUGCUGGAGCAGCAACCACUGAGGCCCCCUCACCUCCAAAGACACCCAGCCUCCUGCCCCCGCUGGGUUUAUCACAGUCAGGGCCUCCAGGGCUGCUCCCCAGCCCCUCCUUAGACUCCAAACCCCCGACCACUUUGCUGGGGCUGAUCCCUGCUCCAUGCACGGUACCAGCCACUGACACCAAGGCACCUCCAACCCUUCAGGCAGAGACGGCUACCAAACCCCAAGCCACAUCUGCCCCGUUCCUCGCCCCCAAACAAAGCUUCCUGUUUGGAACACACAACACCUCACCUUCCAGCCCUGCCGCCCCUGCUGCAUCUUCAGCAUCUCCCAUGUUCAAGCCCAUUUUCACGGCCCCACCCAAGAGUGAGAAGGAAGGCCGCACACCGCCUGGCCCUUCAGUCACAGCCACAGCGCCCUCCAGCUCCUCCCUCCCCACGACCACCAGCACCACAGCCCCGACCUUCCAGCCUGUCUUUAGCAGCAUGGGGUCACCUGCGUCUGUGCCCUUGCCUGCUCCCUUCUUCAAGCAGACAACUACUCCCGCCACUGCUCCCACCACAACUGCCCCGCUCUUCACUGGCCUGGCCACCGCCACCUCUGCUGUGGCUCCCGUCACCUCCGCCAGUCCAUCCACAGACUCUGCUUCGAAGCCUGCAUUUGGCUUUGGCAUAAACAGUGUGAGCAGCAGCAGUGUGAGCACCACGACCAGCACCGCCACUGCCGCCUCACAGUCUUUCCUCUUCGGGGCGCCCCAGGCCUCUGCUGCCAGCUUCACCCCGGCCAUGGGCUCCAUAUUCCAGUUUGGCAAACCUCCUGCCCUGCCCACUACCACCACAGUCACCACCUUCAGCCAGUCCCUGCCCACUGCCGUGCCAACGGCCACCAGCAGCAGCGCUGCCGGCUUUAGCGGUUUUGGCAGCAGCCUCACCACCUCCGCCCCGGCCACCAGCAGCCAGGCCACUCUGACGUUCAGUAACACGAGCACCCCCACGUUCAACAUUCCCUUUGGCUCAAGUGCCAAGUCCCCGCUCCCAUCAUAUCCGGGAGCCAACCCCCAGCCCACAUUUGGGGACGCUGAGGGGCAGCCACCGGGGGCCGCCAAGCCAGCCCUUGCCCCCAGCUUUGGCAGCUCUUUCACUUUUGGAAACUCUGCAGCCCCGGCCCCGGCUGCUGCACCCACACCUGCACCCGCGUCCAUGAUCAAGAUCGUGCCUGCGUACGUGCCUACGCCCAUCCAUCCUACCUUUGGCGGUGCCACGCACUCGGCGUUUGGGUUGAAAGCCACGGCUUCGGCCUUCGGCACUCCCACCAGCUCACAGCCCGCCUUUGGCGGCUCUACUGCUGUCUUCUCCUUCGGUGCAGCCACCAGCUCCAGCUUUGGAGCCACCACCCAGACCGCCAGCAGCGGGAGCAGCAGCUCGGUGUUCGGCAGCACAACACCAUCACCCUUCACGUUUGGGGGUUCGGCAGCCCCCGCUGGCAGUGGGAGCUUUGGGAUCAAUGUGGCCACCCCAGGCUCCAGCACCAUCACCGGAGCGUUCAGCUUUGGAGCAGGACAGAGUGGGAGCACAGCCACCUCCACCCCCUUCACGGGGGGCUUAGGUCAGAACGCCCUGGGCACCACCGGCCAGAGCACACCGUUUGCCUUCAACGUGGGCAGCACGCCUGAGAGCAAACCUGUGUUUGGAGGCACCGCCACCCCUACCUUUGGUCAGAACACCCCUGCGCCUGGAGUGGGCACAUCGGGCAGCAGCCUCUCCUUUGGGGCAUCCUCAGCACCCGCCCAAGGCUUCGUUGGCGUUGGACCGUUCGGAUCGGCGGCCCCUUCAUUUUCCAUUGGUGCGGGAUCCAAGACCCCCGGGGCUCGACAGCGACUGCAGGCCCGAAGGCAGCACACCCGCAAAAAAUAGCCUUUGUCCCCUGUCCCUGCUCCACCCCUUCCCUAAAUCUGGACCUUGGCACCUGCUAGGAAGAGCCUUGGACCCUUCCAGUUGCGUAAAGCAAACCUACCCCGGAUCUCUGGCUUCAACCGCCAGGGGGUAGUGGCAGCCCUGGGGCCCUUUCCCUUCUCCUGGAGGAAGCACAAGCCUCAGGGAUGGGGAAGCAGGAUGCGGAGGGCCAAAGCCCGGGACCUCUACUUGAACAGUUCCACUGGGGAGGCUGGAGAACUAAGGAAACACCUGUACAUAGUGUCCGCUGCCCUGACUCCCGCUUAGCACACCCUUAGGCAGGCGCCCCUUCCGCCUUUCCCCGAGAGCUGUCGUCGCUGGAGGGUGCAGGGUCCAGCCCGCCUGGAUCGCUGGUGUGCACCUGAUGGGAUUUGGGAAAUGGGUUAUCCCUAAAGCUUUAUCUUGCUUGGCUUAGUUGUGAGAGGUGGUUCUCUUCCUCUGGUCCCUUCUGGGGACUCUGUUUCCCCAUUUCUUGCUGCUGUGUCCCUCACCGGUUCCUUGCAGGAUUCCUUCCUUUUUAAAUGCCCUUGAAUCUAGCUUUGCCUUGGAAACCCCAGUGGGUGCUGCUCCUGCUGUUUUCUUCUUGCCAAGUCUGAAUCAAUGUUUCAUCUCCAAUCCUCUGCCAGUUUGGCCCCUCAAAGCUUGGUGGCUCAAGACUGUUAGCCUGGCAGAGCCAGGGGUGAGAUACCUCGCUCCAGGAGGGAGAAGCUCUUGGAGCAGGCAGGAUGCCCACCGCUGCUUCAGCUGCCUCCUCGCCCAGCUAUCCUUUGGCCCCAUUGGGCCCUCGUCUGCCUCUCCAGGAUUGUAUGUUUCAAGCCUUGUCCUGUGUUCCUUUGUCUGACGCUCUGUGUGUUGCUCUUUGAAUCGAGUUUGGAGGAAGAAUUGAGUUGUAUGAGUGGCGGCAUGUUGGUAGUGCCGGACUUCCUGUUUCAAGUUUUCUGGGGCCUCGCUAAUUGAAUGUGGAAAGUAGCACCACUUGACGGCUACAAGUGCCGACUCCUGAAUUUUCCAAUGGUGUUCUGACUUCAAGGGCUGGCAGCCCGGGAGAAUGGGUCCCGGGGGAAGCAAAGACCUCUUCCCUCUGCUGUUUCUGUCCCACUUAACUGACCUCACUGGAGGCUACAUCACCCAAAGUAGAUGUUAGAAAACCUAAAUUAAUGAACCAUAUUUUUAAAAUCCUAUUUUUCCCCCCUCUGCAGCCCAUCCUUUCCUUCCGUCCUUCUGAAACCACAUACCCCAGGCCCAAGCGCCUUGCUGCCACGCCCAACCUCUUUGGGAGAAGUAUGAAUGCGUGUGUCUAAAUUAAAAGAAAAAAAUAUUUAAACAUUUUUUAACAAAAAUUUAUUUUUGUAUUUAAGCUAAAUUGCCUUUUAAAUUCCUUCAAGCUUGGUUCAUAGAGGUGGUUAAGUAUAAAUGCUAUUAACUAGGAAUUAGCUGUAUAGUUAAGUUAUACCUGUGCAAAGAAGAGGCUCAAAUGCUGUCCCCGGCAGCUUUCCUGGGGGACUAGAGCUCCUUCUGGCGACGUUAUAUGAAAUGUAGUUCUUAUUUUAUAAAUAAUGUGAUUGAUGUAGAUGUAACCGGUGCCCCCUCCCCGUUGUGACUGAGGGCGAGUGUUAUACCCGGCUGCGUGUGCAGCUGAGGAAGGAGUGAACCUCAAGCCUAAAUACCUGUUAGGAUUGGAGGGUCGGGUGGGCCUGGGCCUGGGCCUAGCAAUCAAGCUUCUACCUGUACCUUACGUAAGGUAGACCCUCCUAGUGUCAGUACCUGAGCUAGUUUACCUCAGUUCCGCAGGCAGGACAGCCGGUCCGGGAACCCUGAGUGAGUGUGGAUGUGUACAGUAUACGCACUGGACGGCAGCGGGAGGCUGGGACUUUCCAUUACAAAUAGAGACUUCAUUCCUGUUGAGUCUAGUUGGAAUUUUUAGUAUGAAUGUGAGAUUUUUCUCCUGCUUAUGUUAUUAAGAAUAAAAAACUGUGAUCUA